UUUUGAAAUUAUAGCGUUGAAGUGAAAAUGCUUUCUUUGCAAAAUAUAUGUAAAAAGUCCAGCUUUGACUUACAUAACAAACGGUGCUUUAGAAUCUCAACAGGAAACAAAUCACUCGAUGUGCACUUAAAGGGAGGGAUUCCUUUAGGCAAACUUAUAGAGCUCAUUGGUACAUUUUUUGUGUUAUUUAUAUGUGAAAGGAUGAGUUCUGGACUCCACGAUAUCCUUAAAUACAGUUACAUAGUAAAACGCAAAACCAACUAAAAAGUAAAUUUGGGAUAAUUGAAAUAGUAAAACUUGAGAACUAUGGAAAGUGCAGAGAUUGCUGGGACCAUGGCAAGUGGCGGGGGAGUCCCCGGAGGAAUUACAGGUAUUGCCGAUGAAGAUCAGAUUCAUACAUUGGCUCAAGCGGCUAAUUGCCUAACUCGGAUGGAUAUUGAGGAAGAGGUUGGAGGUCUAGAUCAAACAACGGCUACCGGCAAUUCGGGAUUUCGAUGGAAGCGCGUGCUGAACCCAACAGGACCUCAGCCUCGUCCUCGUCAUGGACAUCGCGCCAUCAACAUUAAGGAACUGAUGGUUGUAUUUGGUGGCGGUAACGAGGGAAUUGUUGAUGAACUUCAUGUCUACAACACAGUUACCAAUCAGUGGUAUGUGCCGGUGUUGAAGGGCGAUGUGCCCAAUGGAUGCGCUGCUUACGGAUUUGUUGUCGAGGGCACUCGCAUGUUCGUAUUUGGCGGAAUGAUUGAGUAUGGAAAAUACUCUAAUGAACUUUAUGAGCUCCAGGCCACCAAGUGGGAGUGGCGUAAAAUGUAUCCAGAGUCCCCUGACAACGGGUUGUCACCCUGUCCCCGCCUGGGUCAUAGUUUCACCAUGGUCGGCGACAAGAUAUUCCUUUUUGGUGGCUUGGCCAAUGAAUCGGAUGAUCCGAAAAACAAUAUUCCGAAAUAUCUGAACGAUUUGUACAUCUUGGACACACGCGGAGUGCAUAGCCACAACGGCAAGUGGAUAAUACCGAAAACGUAUGGCGAUAGUCCGCCGCCUAGAGAAUCGCAUACUGGAAUCUCGUUUACAAGCAAAACAACUGGCAAGCUAAAUCUCUUGGUUUAUGGUGGGAUGAGUGGCUGCCGUUUGGGAGAUUUGUGGUUGCUGGAUACGGACUCAAUGACCUGGUCAAAACCACGCACUCGAGGACAAGCUCCUCUUCCACGAUCUCUUCACAGCUCUACAAUGAUUGCCAAUAAAAUGUAUGUUUUCGGUGGUUGGGUUCCAUUGAUUAUUAACGAUUCAAAGCCAACCACUGAACGCGAGUGGAAGUGUACAAAUACUCUUGCUAUUCUUGACUUGGAUUCAAUGACUUGGGACAAUUUGACUGUUGAUACCGUUGAGGAGAACGUUCCUAGGGCACGGGCUGGGCACUGCGCUGUUGGUAUACAGAGCCGGUUAUAUGUGUGGUCUGGACGCGAUGGCUACCGCAAAGCAUGGAACAACCAGGUUAGGGUGUGCUGCAAGGAUCUCUGGUAUCUGGAGGUAACUAAGCCUCUAUAUGCCGUCAAAGUGGCCCUCGUGCGUGCUUCCACGCACGCCUUAGAACUGUCAUGGACGGCGACCACUUUCGCGUCAGCAUAUAUACUUCAGAUUCAGAAAAUCGAGCAAGCUCCAGUCACACCCGCAAAGCAGGCCAGCCAAAGUCUAAUACAGCAGCAAGCGGGUGCAGCUCCCACCAACACACAAGCAGCAAAUGGAGCAGAAGUUGGUGUAGGUGUGGGAGGGGCAGCUGCCCCAUCAUUGAAAAUAGAAAAGAGUCCGAUUUCUGUCCUACAUCCGGGGGCAUCGGCCACACCAGCAGCAGCAAGUAUUGCAAAGGCUGUGGAGCCGCCAUCCGCAAAUCAGACGUCCGCGUCAGAAUCGCCACAGAUUCAAGUUAAGCUACCCGUUGGUUCGGCGAUCCCUCUGUCAACGGUGGCGGUUCAACCGCAAAUUUCGAUCGUAAGCAGCACUGCAGCUCCAGUGGGCACGAAUCCCCCAACUAACAUCUUACAAAAGUUCCGUCCCAGCGUGGCGGCUACUUUAAGGACCGCCACUUCAUUGUCGGUUUCGACAACCACUACGACUGCUGUUGACACCCAAAGCACAGCUGUCCGUGUGGCCACAUCCGGAUCUAACGUUGUCUUAACUUCGGCAGCAUCCGGCACUGGGGCUUUGCGUUUUCUUCCAGGUGUGACAGCGUCGCAGACAAUGCGCUUGGCCACCACACAGAGCGGAAUCAGUGUUCCAAGUGGCUCUGGCACCGCCUCUACAACCACUAUACUGAAGGCCUCUUUGCCAAGCACAGCCGUGCACACGCAGCAGCAGCACACAACCACGGCUGGGGGCAAGCAGUAUUUCAUUCAAAAACCUCUCACCCUUGCACCGAACGUUCAACUGCAGUUUGUGAAGACUAGCAGCGGGGGCAUGACCGUGCAAACUCUUCCCAAAGUCAACUUUAAUCUUGCCAAAGCCACGGCAACUCAAGGCCAGGGACAGACUUCGGCAACCCUAUCCGUGGGAAGUGCUCAGCUCUCCACAACUGGUUCCACGACUCAAAUUCAGGUUGCAUCUGGACAGGCAAAGACAGUAUCGGCUGCUGGAGCCACUGUGUCAUCACCUAUAGUGGCAGCAAGUGCAUCAGCAUCCGGAACACAACAAAAACCGAUUGUUUCGGGCAACGUGCUCAAGCUUGUCUCCCCCCACACAAUGGCCGGCGGGAAGUUAAUUAUGAAGAACUCCAAUAUUCUUCAGAUGGGCAAGGUAUCACCUAACGUAAUGGGUGGCAAGCCUGCUUUCGUCAUAACCAACAAACAGGGAACUCAGUUGGGUAACCAGCAAAUCAUCAUUGUUACCACAGGAGGCAGCUUACGUACGGUUCCAGCUUCAACUGUCAUGAGCACCGCUGGCUCUGGACCGGGCAUAGUCAGUUUGGUGGGAUCAACUGCCACCACCGCUAGUCCAUUGCAGGUGGUUGGUGGGACACGCACCGUGAUAUCCAAUCAGGGUGGAGUGAAGAUGAUUCGUAAUAUAUCAACCGCAUCGGCGACGCCGGGUCAGAAAUUGAGUGGAACACCCCUUCAGCAGAAGACCGCCUUGUACAUAGGAGGCAAGCCCGUUACCGUAAUGAGUGGUUCGCCGGGCGCGAAUAAGCUGGUUAUGCUUUCCGGAGCAGGCACAUCGAGUAUAACGACCACAGCUGGCGGAGCAACAACUGCGAGAAAGAGUUUCGUAAACAUAUUCAAUGCCACAGGAAGCCAUAGGGCGGUGACAUUGGCGGCUCCAGCUAAAAGUGUUACCCCGGCCAAAACUGGACCGGCAACGAUUAUACAUCAUCCCAAGGAGAGUAAUACCAGCAGCAGCAGUACCGUUGUCGAGACAGCCACUAUAGGCGAGGCGUCGUAUGUGGACACCGAUCCCAUGGAUGAUAUCAUAGAACAGCUGGAUGGUGCAGGCGAUACAAUAAACCCGCCAUCCUCUAGAGAUGCACAAGCAGAUUCCGAGAUUGAAGACAACAUUGACAAUGGUGAUGCAGCAGCCACAUCUACGUCAGCGGCAGCUACAGCAACAACAACGGCAAUUCCAGCAGCAACGGGGGAUGUUACGGGGAGCGAAUCCCUGGAGGAUGAUAUAUCAGGUGUCAGCAGCACUACGGACACUCAGAAGGCGAAACCCAUGGAGACGGACGACAUUGACGGAUUUGCUCCCGUGCCUCCUUCAGAAAUAGUCUCCACAUCGGGCGAGAUCAAGCCCAUCCGGGAUCAGCCAACCGCUUCAGAGACUGAAGCCGCUAAUAUACUGACCACCAUCAAAUCAUCAACUGGAGAUCUUUUGGCCAUUUCGACCACCAGCAAUGCUGAUGCCGAGGCUGAUCGCCAACCUGUCUCCCAUUUGGACGCUUUAGCCUCAGCAGCUGUUAUGCAGGCAGCAACUGCCGCGUCCGCCUCAGCCGACUCCACUCAAGCAGUCAGAAGCCUUCUGGCAGGAUCAGGGAAUGCUAAUCUGAGUGGUAACUUCAAAUCGAGUUCGGCGGAACGUCCAAAAGCUGGACAAGAUAAUGACAAUACUAAUGUAGUAGCCAAUGCCAGUUCAAACGACUCAAAUAACGACAACGAUAAAUGGCACACGGUUGGCAUAUUUAAGGACCUUUUGCACACAGUAUCCAGUUACAUCGAUCAGAAGUACUUUAACGAGGCAUUGGUGGACGAUAUCGCCGCAUACAAUUUGCCAGAGCAACUCAGUCAAUAUCCACGAACUAGUUUGGAACCGGGCACAGCAUAUCGUUUUCGCUUGGCAGCCAUUAAUUCAUGCGGCCGCGGAGAGUGGGGAGAGAUAUCAAGCUUUAAGACCUGCUUACCGGGCUUUCCAGGAGCCCCGUCUGCCAUUAAAAUAUCAAAAGAUAUUAAGGAAGGUGCUCAUCUAACAUGGGAACCUCCUCCAGCCCAGAAAACCAAGGAGAUUGUAGAAUAUUCGGUUUACUUGGCCGUCAAACCGACCGCCAAGGAUAAGGCGGUUACCUCUCCACAGUUGGCAUUUGUACGCGUUUAUGUGGGCGCGGCGAAUCAGUGCACCGUCCCCAAUGCCUCGCUCUCAAACGCACACGUUGACUGCUCGAACAAGCCGGCUAUCAUAUUCCGUAUAGCUGCGCGCAAUCAAAAGGGCUACGGACCGGCGACCCAAGUGAGGUGGCUGCAAGAUCCAGCCACGACCAAAAUGCAAAGCGCAGGUGGUGGAGGUGCGGCUGUAAGCAGCUUGAAACGAGCGCAGGAUAAGACGAGUUCAGUAAGCGGGACUGGGGCAAGCUCACCGCAAAAACGCGGCCGGAGUAGCGGCUUCCAGGGAAGCGAGUAAUUUUCUUCAAGAAUAUGAGAUAUGAUUAUGGAUAAAUGAAUAUUGAUAUGGAACGGCAUCGGCAAUGCUCUCAGUAAAUAUAUGUUUGCUAGCAUUCAGUGCCACAUAACGAUGGCGAUACUUUUAA